AUGGGCCGCUUGUGGCAGCAUUGCCUAUCGCUGUCAGCGCUGGCUUUACUCUGCACUUUCUCAGAUGCACAAAGAGUCACUAUGUUGACUCCAAAAGUGGGAAGCUUGAAUGGAGCAACUAGACUCACAAUCCAGGGGGAGGGAUUUGCUGAUGCAAACCAAUUUAGCCUCAACGGUGACAGUAAGGAAUAUGGCAACAGUGUCCUACUGGUGUCGGAUACCAGAUCAAUUCCCUGUGAUGUUGAGAGGGACUCGACUCAUAGCAACCAGAUAACGUGCAAUACCCGCACCAUGCCUGAAGAUGACUUUGUGGUGCGAGUCAGCAUCGACGGGGUUCCAAUUCCAGAGAACAACAUCUGUUACGGAUACUACAAACCAUACUGGUGCAGUUUCUAUCCUCGAUCCUAUCGCACUCCCACAAUCAGGAGCCUCAUCCCACUUUCUGGGUUACCAGGGACCCUGAUCACAAUGGAAGGUCACAUCUUCACCAAUGUGUAUGGGAGCAAUACAGCCAAAAGUUCAAAUGGCCUGGAUGUUAGGGUUCUCAGGUCUUAUGCUGGAGGAAUGCCUUGUGAACUUCUCUACCCCAAUUCUGACACUCUAUACGGCCUCAAUUUGUCUAGUGAGUUCAGUGAGUGGGGAACAAUAACUUGCAAAAUGACUGGAACAUAUGUUGGGCAUCACAACCUCAGUUUCAUUCUUGACAGUGAAUUUGGAAGGAGUCUACCAGAUCGCCAAACCUACAUUGUGUCAUCGCUGAACAAGCUGGCUAUGUUUCAGACCUAUGCUGAGGUAACUAAAGUUUCUCCUUCUGUGGGAAGCCUGGAGGGUGGAACAAUUCUGACAAUUGAUGGUCAUUUCUUUGACCAAACUGAUUACCCUGCUACAGUUCUUCUUGGAGGGCUGAAAUGUGAAAUUCUGAGCUUGUCUGACAACAGAAUUACAUGCAGAAGCACCAGAAACCGAGAGUCCAACAUGACUGUGUUUCCUGGUGGCAGAGGUUUGAAGAUGGAGAUGUGGAAUAACAGCCGUCCUGCUCAACUGGAUGAUGUACUGACCUACAAUGAGUCCAGACCAGGCUACUCUGUCCAGUGGAUGGACUCACUGACCUACACCUGGCCUUUGGAGAUGGAUGACUUUGUGGCCCGCAUUAGCGGUUUUGUAGUUCCACCUGAAACAGACAACUAUACCUUCUACAUCAUGGGAGAUGACCGCUAUGCUUUGUACUUUAGCAAGACGGGGAACCCUAAAGAUAAGGUGAAGAUUGCCUACAUGAAUUAUGUAGCAAGCAGUUUCUUCUCAUACAGCACACAGAAAUCUGAGACCAUGCGUUUGGAAAAAGGAGUGCCGUACUAUAUGGAAGUCCUGCUCCAGGAAUACAAAAUAGUGGCUUCAGUAGCUGUGGGCUUGUUUAAAGAGAAGAGCUACUUCACAGCGCAGCAGACACCAGAAGCCAUUAAUGAGGUCCAGGUUCUCAUGGCCUCCUAUGAUAUUUUGAAUGAAAGACAGGUGCUUACAUUUGAAAACUGGACUGCUGGAGAGGCAGUCAGUGAGGUCCAAAGCAUUACCAUCAUCAGCACCUGUUUUGAACUAGACAGCUGUGGAUACACCUACUACAGCCUCAUCUACAACUCAGAGAGAACAGAAGGUGUCCAAAAUGCCCUGAAUGCCCUGUGGUCAAUACAACCAGACACGGUCCAUGUAACCAAAGUGGACACUGUUCAAGGAUCAGAGUACAAAAUAACCUUCAACUCAAAAAGAGGUGAUUUCCAGACCUUGAGCUAUGAGACUCCUGAUCUGGAUGUCAACAUCACAGUCAUUGAGCUCACCAAAGGAAAGCCCAAUUUGGAGACUUUCACACUUCAAUGGGGCGGUGUGCUGUCUAAGCCCAUUGGCUAUGGUGCACCAGAAUCAGAGAUACGGGCAGCAUUGGAGAGCAUGUUGGCAGCAGAAUGCCCCAGGGAACUCCAGGUCCAGGAGAACAACCAAGUGAUCUACUUUAGGGACUAUGAAGUACAAAAUCCUAUGGACUGGUACAAUGGGAGAGGGACACGUGUGUUGGACUCAGAGGCCUUCUGUGGCCGCUACUCCCUCAAGAGUCCUGACAUCUUGUUCCAGUACACUGACUGGAGGAGUUCUGGGGGAGACUAUGGGCCAAUUCCGCUUCAGACAUAUGGCAAGGUAAAUUGGAAUUACAUCUGCGUGGACUUGUUAAGCUCACUGGAGACAGCCUAUCCAGGAAGUGACCACAGUCUCCUGAAUCUCUACAUGUACAGAGAGACAGUCAGUCAGGAUUUCUUUGUGGAUGUUGUUUACAUUGGAAGAGCAGCCAUAGCACUGGAUAUCAAUGAGGUUUUGCAGAGGAGGAGGCCUCCUGCUCUGGCUGGCCAAGGUCUUUUCCUCCAGAGUAUCUCAGUGCUAAAACAUCAGGGUGCAGAAGCUUUGACUGUCAGUUAUGAGAUCAUCGCCACCCCCCUCAACUGUGGGCAUGAUUUUCCCUUGUUAGCCAUGGAGUUCCUCCAGGUUUUCAACAGCAGCGGAGAUGUUGCCAUGUUUGGGUACGGAGGAGCAGGCGUCACUAUUACCAGACUUCAGAAAGCCAGCCCUCCCUUGUCCGGCACCUUUGACGUGGAGAUCUACAGCACAUCCAUCAAAGGUCUGCCCGUGGACAUCACAGCAGAGGACCUACAGUAUGCCCUGCAAGGAGUCCUUGCAGCAGGCCAACUGUCCAUCUCCAGAUAUGGAAGCUGCCAAGGCUACACCUGGACAAUAGAGUGGCGUUCCAACCCUGGGAGUCAGCCACUUAUACAGGUCAACAGCUCAUCUGUCAUUGGAGUCAAUCCUUGAGUAGUAGCAUAUUCCCAGAGGAAAGGAGGGCUUUUUAAAUCAAACAUCCUUGGAGACUUUCUGCGGGUACCAGAAUCUAAACCACAGGUGCAGGUGAUUAUCAAUGGGAUCCCAUCUAAGUGUUCCGGGGACUGCGGAUUUGAGUGGAAGGCAUCCAGUACUCCAACCAUCACUGGGAUCAGCCCUAGUCAAGGCUCAUAUGCACUUGGCACCAACCUCACCAUCACUGGAACAGGCUUUGCCAGUGAAAAUGCCACAGUUCUAGUAGGAAACAUAGAAUGCAUGGUCCUCCAGAUAAGUGGAGUCUCACUGACCUGUAGCAUCGGCCAGGCAAGUGCAGGUACCUACCCCAUUUCCCUGAGCUUCUCCUCAUUGGGCCUUGCUCAGCAUGCCGGGGGGACAGUGUUUAGUUUCACCAAUCAGAUGGGAGCUUCUGCCAUUUCACAGGCUGUUGGAAGCGUAACAGGGGGAACACUCCUGACCGUAUUUGGAUACGGUUUCAGAAAUGACACUGUGGUUCUGAUUGGCACUGGGAGGUGUACCAUCGUUGUGGCAAGUUUAGACCAGCUAAAGUGCAGAACACCACCGGGGACAUUGGGGACCUUUGCCAUUUCAUUACAAAUGGAUGGGAUGACUGUACCCCUAAACCUGACGUUCACCUACAAUGACACACUUAUUCCCCUGAUCGCUGACUGGAAUCCAAAAAUCACCAAUGUGAUAGGUAACCAAACCCUCACCAUUCUGGGCAGCAACUUUCAAGACCAUGCCAAUGACAACAUGGUCCAUAUUGGGGAGGUGGAGUGCAGGGUACUACAUUGGUCGUCCAACAACAUCACCUGCCUCCUGCCUCGGUUGCCCCCUGCUCUGUACUCUGUGCAUGUCCAGCUGGGGAAAUGGGGCUAUGCCCAGAACAGUAACAAUGUGAACACCACUGUGGAGUAUGUGCUACAGGUGACAGGAAUCUAUCCAAGUCAGGGCUCUCUGUAUGGGGGCACUAAAGUGACAGUCACUGGAUCAGGGUUCAGCUCCAGCAUCACAGACAACUUGAUCACAGUGGGAGAUGCCAACUGCAAAGUCACUACUGCCAAUGAAAACCAAGUACAGUGUGUCAUUCAGCCAAACGAGAAGACUUUCACUGUAACAAAUUUGGGCAUUCAUCCAGAUUAUGGAGUUGGCUACAUGUGGAGCCCCUCCUCUCUAAUGGUCCAGGUGGGAGACACAGUAGCCUGGAGCUGGGAGGCCCCCGCUUUCGUCCCAGGGUUGGGGUAUAGGGUCUACAGCGUUCCCAGUCCCAGCAGCACCACCCAUGAUGGAGUGGCCUUCAGCAGCGGUGACACCAAAACACAGUCUGGGUUCUUCAGCUAUCGUUUCACAGUUCCUGGCAUCUACUAUUACAGCAGUGGCUUUGUUGAUGUGGGACUCCAGAGAUUUUUACAGGGAAUGGUAGAAGUUAGACCAGUACAAGACAGAAGCAGCCCAUUGAAUUUUACUGUGGGAGGAAUAGAAGCAAAUCACAAGCCAGGUGAACAGCACUCCAGCAGAGAAGAGUCAGAAUGUCUCUCAACACCUCCUGACUGCUUCCAGAAUUUGGAGUCUUCCCAGCCCUCUGAUGUGUUUUCCUUCAGCUUCUUGAACUGCCUGUCUCCUACUGUCUACCGUAUUUCACCAGAUAGAGGAACUUUCCACACUAUCAUCUACCUAGAAGGUGUGGGCUUCAGUAACAUCAGCUGUGCCAAUGAGGUUAGCAUUGGUGGACAGGCCUGCCAUGUGAUCAAUAGCACGACAACAGAGAUUAAUUGCCAACUGGCUCCUGACAGUGGCUUGGAGAUUGGUCUCCCCCAUCUCAUUUCUGUGAGAGUCAACAACUUUGGCAAAGCCAUCACAUCUGUGGCUAAUGAGUUUGGCCGACGCUUCGUUGUUCUACCCGUGGUAGACUCUGUCAUGCCAGGCAUUGGGGCCACCACAGGCCACACCCGGCUUGUCAUCCAAGGGUCGGGUUUCUCAGCAAUCCAAGACACGAUGGUGAACGUGGCGGGUGUGCCCUGCUCAGUCCUGUCCAUCAACUACACCACCAUCACCUGCAACACCUCUCCGUCCUGGGAGCACCGCGGGAGUGUUGUUGUCCUGACGGGAAGUGUUUCCAGCUCCUGCCUGGAUAACUGCAACUACCAGUUUUCCUCCCUGCUGGUCCCCCACAUUGAUAAUGUGUCCCCAAGUAGCAUUAGUGGAAACCUCACCACAGUCAUUGUCGCUGGCAUCGGGUUUGGGAGUCAACCUGAUGACGUAGCUGUCUUUGCAGAUGGCACAGUUUUGGAAGUCAUGGAGGUCACCAACUCUAACAUCACCCUAGCAGUGGGUCCAUUGCCUGCUGGCAACCAUGCGCUAAUGGUAGUGAUCAUGAGUAAGGGCCUAGCAUCCGGAAAUGCCACCCUGAGAAGCCUCCCCAUAGCUGUACUCACACCCACCUCUGGCAGCACUAUGGGUGGGACUCCUCUCCUUAUCACAGGCAAUGGUUUUAUGCGGGGAAGUACCUUCGUGACCGUGGGUGGUGCAGCCUGCUUGAUCCAGUGGAUGGAGCCUGACAAGGUCUAUUGCCUAACAUCUGCACAUAGGGAGGGCAGCGUGGCUGUACAAAUACAGGUCCUCUCUGUGGCAUAUCCAGCCUUAACCUUCAACUACUCCCUGGCAGACACUCCAGCAAUCAUAGCAGUCAGCCCCACAACAGGUCCCGGUGGAACAGUGGUCACCAUCACUGGUUCAGGAUUUGGCACAGAUCCCCAGAAAAUUUCUGUGACAAUAGAUCACACACCAUGCCCUGUAACCACAGUCACUGACACAGAGAUCCAGUGCACUGCAGGGGAACAUGCAGGAGGAACAUUUCCCAUCAUGCUCUACCACUCGGUCAAAGGUUAUGCCUCAUCUCAGGCCCACUUCACAUAUGAGCUCCUGCUAAAAGGCGUUGUGCCAGAAAAAGGAGGCUUUGGUGGUGGUACCAUCUUAGAGGUCCAAGGAUCUGGCUUUGACCCUGACAUCUCCCAUGUGCGGGUUUGUGGGAACAACUGUGAGGUGAAGAAACAAUGUUCAACCUCCACACAUCUGUACUGUGAAGUUCCGCAAAGCAACAGUAGCAUGGCACAGCAGCCCUGCACCGUGGAGGUUUUGAACAGGAACGCUCAGGUGAAUGUGUCUAAUGGCUUCACCUACAUGGCCUCCCUCACGCCUGUGAUUACAGGAGUCACCCCGCGGAGGGGGGGGACCGCCGGAGGCACUAAGCUCACCAUCACCGGCUCUGGAUUCAGCACAAACAGUAGUGAGGUGAAUGUGACCAUUGCGGGGUCCAUCUGUGACAUCAAUUUUGUGAACAGCACCCACAUUAUCUGCAUCACCAAUACUCAGACACAGCCCCAACAGACUAAGGUCCAAGUCAGCAUUGGAAACAGAGGCAUCGCCAAGAUGGACAAUGCUGAUUUCUUCUACAUUGACGUCUGGUCCUCCAAGUAUACAUGGGGUGGUCUGUCUCCACCAGAAGCAGGCAUGUUUGUGGUCAUUACCAAGGGUCAGACAAUCCUACUGGAUACAAGCACCCCAGUGCUUAAGAUGCUUCUCAUUCAGGGAGGGACACUAGUGUUUGAUGAGGCAGACAUCGAGUUGCAAGCAGAAAACAUCUUAAUAACAGAUGGAGGACAUUUACAGGUGGGGACAGAAACGGCACCAUUCCAACACAAGGCUAUUAUUACGCUGCAUGGGCACCUGCGUUCCCAGGAGCUGCCCAUCUAUGGCACAAAGACACUGGCUAUCAGAGAAGGAGUGCUGGACUUGCACGGUAUUCCUGUUCCUGUUCCCUGGACACACCUGAAUGAAACAGCCUCAGCUGGCUCUGUUACACUGUCCUUGAGACAAGCAGUGACGUGGAGACCUGGCGACCAGAUUGUCAUUGCCUCCACUGGCCACAGGCACAGCCAGAAUGAAAACGAAGUGAAAACAAUAGCCUCAAUGUCAGCUGAUGGGAGGACCCUGAACCUCACAGAGCCCCUGGCAUACACACAUUUGGGUGUCACCGUCACUCUGUCAGAUGGAACAAUCUUUGAAGGCAGAGCCGAAGUGGGCCUGCUCACCAGGAACAUUGUUGUCCGAGGCUCCAACAACAUUGAGUGGGCUGACACCAUACAGGCCUGUCCAGCCGGUUUCAACACAGGAGAAUUUGCGACUCAGACCUGUUUCCAGGGCAGAUUUGGGGAAGAGAUUGGAAGUGAUCAAUUUGGCGGCUGCAUUAUGUUCCAUGCACCAAGACCAAAUGAAAAUCUGGCCAUUGGCAGACUUGAAUAUGUUGAGGUCUUCCAUGCUGGCCAGGCGUUUAGGCUGGGGAGAUACCCCAUCCACUGGCACCUGAUGGGAAAUAUACAGUACAAGUCCUAUGUCCGAGGAUGUGCCAUCCACCAGACCUACAACCGGGCCGUCACCAUCCACAAUACCCACAACCUGCUGGUGGAGCACAAUGUGAUCUAUGACAUCAUGGGGGGGGCCUUCUUUAUUGAAGAUGGAAUUGAGACUGGCAACAUCUUGCAGUACAACCUUGCCGUGUUUGUAAAGCAAAGCACUAGCUUGCUCAAUGAUGAUGUAACCCCAGCUGCUUACUGGGUCACCAAUCCCAACAACAUAAUCCGCCACAAUGCAGCUGCUGGAGGCACCCAUUUCGGGUUCUGGUACCGAAUGCAUGAUCAGCCCGAUGGCCCAUCUUAUGACCCCAAUAUCUGCCAGAAAAGGGUUCCUCUUGGGGAAUUCUUCAACAAUACAGUUCACUCCCAGGGCUGGUUUGGACUCUGGAUCUUCCAGGAGUAUUUCCCCAUGAUUGAUGGCCAUUGUUACUCCUGGAUCCCCCAGCCAGCCAUCUUCCGCUCCUUAACGACUUGGAACUGUGAAAAGGGAGCAGAGUGGGUGAAUGUAGGAGCUGUUCAUUUCAGCAACUUCCUGAUGGUCAACAAUGAGAAGGCAGGUAUUGAGUCAAAGCGCAUCAUCUCCUGGACUGUCAGAGGCUGGGGAGAAACUGGUGGGGCACUGGUCCAGAAUAGCACCAUUGUGGGCCACAUGGAUGAGCUAGGCUUGGGUUCUUCCUACUGCACAUCCAGGGGGGUCAUCCUACCACUGGAUGAUGGCAUGAGCAUUCUGUCCACCACCUUCAUGAACUUUGAUCGGCCAACUUGUGCUGCCAUUGGUGUAACAUCCAUUGAUGGGACCUGUACAGACCGCUGUGGGGGCUGGAGUGCCAGGUUCUCUGGCAUCCAGUUUCACAGCAGUAUAAAUAAGGCUGCCUUCAGGUGGGAGCAUGAGGUUGUACUGGAUGACAUUGAUGGCUCUCUUACAGGCAAAGUAGGUCACAAGGUUGUGCCACAGAGCCCUCUCCUGGACCCCUCACACUGCUCACAGCAGGCCGAAUGGAGUGUGGGCUUCCCAGGGUCCGAAUGUGACUCCACUGUCAAGUUCCACCGUCUUGUGUGUAACAACCCUUCGCCUUCCUCGCUGAACGCUAAGGCCAUCCUGCUCACUAACUCACAUGGCACCAGCGUUGUUCCAUAUCUGAAAAAGUUAAUAACUCACACUAUGGGCUGGAUGGCACUGCUUCCCUCUUCAGACAGUUACAACUGGUACUUUAAUGGGAUGGAGUUUAUAUCUGAUCUAUCAUAUAGUGCCAUAUUCUAUGGAUUUAAGGAAGAAGACUAUGUCAUUAUAAAUCACAACAUGACCCAGAUCCCAGACAGGUUCUUAGUAGUUGAUAACAGAAAUGCCUCAACCCUUCCUCUGAACUUCAGCAAAAAUCAGAAUGGUGACUGGUACUUAAAUGAGACCACAAAGACAGUCUACUAUAUGGUGUCCGGCAAGGGAGCACCCAACUGGAGAAGCUCUAGCGUGGAUCUGCAGGUGAAAGACAUAGCAGUCAACUUCCAGAUGUAUCACUGCUUCUAUAAGGGCUGUAUUCCCCCUUCAAGCCCUCCAGCUACCUCUACCCUGCCACCAGUGCCCAGCCGAAAGCCUGUAAAUUAUGUUCUGUGGUCCAACGAGUCUUUUUGGAACUCAUCUUCAGAAAAUAACUUCAAAAUGCCAAUAGAAGGAGCAAAUGUAAUCAUUCCUUUAGACAUAUGGAUGGUGAUGGACAUUGACAUUCCAUCGUUGAGCAGUCUCACUGUAUUGGGGGUCCUGGAGAUUCCUGACACCAUGAAUGAUACAUCCACUACUGCAAAGAGCAGUGCUGCACUAUACAGGAGUGUGGUCGUGAAUGCAACCUACAUCUUAAUUCAGGGCGGAACGCUUAUUGCAGGAUGGCCAGACAACCCCUUUAAAGGAGAACUGCGCAUCAUCCUCAGGGGAAAUCACCACACUCCAGAGUGGCCACUGACCUUUGGCCCUAACCUGGGUGCAAAGGUGCUAGGUGUGCUUGGGACUCUGGAUCUUUAUGGAAUGCCCCACAGUGUGUACCACACUAAGCUGGCCAGCACUGCCCCAGUGGGUUCCAAUACCCUAUUCUUGCAGGAUGCUGUUGACUGGCAGGUUGGUGAUGAAAUUGUCAUCUCAACCACUGGCUAUGACCCAUGGCAGACAGAGACCCGGAUGAUCACAGCUGUUUCCACGUCUGGCCUGACCCUGACACUGAAUCAGUCCCUCUCUUACACCCACAGUGGGGAAAGCUUUAAUGUCUCUGGGACUAAGAAGAGCUACACUCUAGCUGGAGAUGUUGGACUGCUGAGCAGGAACAUUAAGAUCAUUGGAGAGGACUAUCCUGACUGGUACAAGGAGUCUUUUGGAGCACGAGUACUGGUUGGCUCCUCCAUUUACAGAGGAAGAGCCCAGAUCAGGAAUGUGGAGUUUUACCACACUGGACAAUAUGGCUAUCCAGACCCCAGUGAUCCUCGUUACUCUCUGGCUUUCCUUAACCUGGGGGAGGUCUCUGUAAACGAAUCCUGCAUCCAAGGAUGUUCUUUCCAUCAAGGCUUCUCUCCUGCUAUUGGUGUUUUUGGGACGGAUGGCCUGAACAUUGACGACAAUGUUAUCUAUUUUACUGUUGGAGAAGGAAUACGAGUGUGGGGUAACAAUAACAAAGUGCGGAGGAACCUGGUAACUUUGUCUGUGUGGCCCGGAGCCUAUCAGGACCGAGAGGAAGCAUUCAACUUCCAGUGGAAUGCUGCCAUUGAGGUGAAUGAGGGGAGAAAUGUGAUACUGCAGGACAACACUGUGGCUGGUUAUGAGAGGGUGGGGUACCGCAUCAAUGGAGAACCUUGUCCAGGCACGUUAAAUAUAGCGGAACAUUGGCACACGAACGAAGCCCAUGGAGGACUGUAUGGGGUGUAUAUGAACAAGGAUGGGCUUGCUACCUGUUCCCUCAUUCAAGGAUUUUACAUCUGGAGAAGUUUUGACUAUGGCGUUUAUUUCCAGGUUUCAAUGAAUGUUGAGGUCUCUAAUAUCACUCUGGUAGAUAAUGGGAUGGGAAUCAGCUCCUACAUUUACUCUCCUCCUUCUGUGUACCAUCUAUACUCAAACAAACAUGUUCACAUUCAGGAUGCACUGAUUGUGGGAACCAGCCCUAAUCUGAACUGCUCUGAAGUGCUCUCAUCCAGUGAUACUAAUAUCCGCCUCAGUUCCGAACACAGAGCCCCCAGAACUCUUGACGGUGGAAGGAGUGGGAUCUGCUGGCCAACAUUUGAAUCGGACCACAAUCAUGCACCUGAGAAGCCUCAUAAUGGGAUAAUGAGCUAUAAUGGAAUCAGUGGGCUUCUCACAGUGACUGACACAGUCUUUGUGGGAUUUGGAUACAUUUGCCCCAAACAGAUAAGUGUGAUGUUCAUGACUGAUCCCAACAAUGAGGAUCUGCAGCACCCAGUCCAUGUUGAGAGGAUAACAAUAGCAAACAGUACAGAGGAUGCCAAGGUGUUCAUCCACAGACCAGAUGUGAGGCUGGUCAAUCCUUCAGACUGUGUGGACAUGGACUGUGAUGCUAAGAAGAAAGCUCUUCUCAAAGAUCUGGAUGGAUCAUUCCUGGGCAGCGUAGGAGCUGUGGUGCCACAGUCUGAGUUUGAGUGGAAUGGGGAUAAACGCAGGGGACUGGGUGACUACCGGAUUCCCAAAGUCAUGCUGACGUACCUCAAUGGAAGCCGCAUCCCCGUUAACCAGAUAGCACCUAACAAAGGAGUGAUCCGUGACUCCAGUUGCACAUACAUGGCUGCCUGGCAGAGCUACAAGUGCUUUCACCUCAACUAUGAGAUGCUUGUAAUUGAGAGCUUAGACUCGGACACAGAGACCAGACGCCUGUCGCCCGUGGCUUUGCUGGGAGACGGAUAUGUGGACUUGCUGAAUGGUCCCCAGGACCAUGGCUGGUGUGCAGGGUACACAUGCCAGAGGAGGGUCUCGCUAUUCCACAGUAUCAUUGCCACAAACAAGUCCUUUGACAUCUUCUUCACCAGCACCAGCCCUCAAAAGCUACGUCUGAUGCUGCUUAACGCAGACAACUCCAAGGCUGUCAGAGUUGCUGUAUUUUAUUCCAACCCUCAACGUUUAGAUGUUUAUGUCAACAACAGUUUGGUUGCUCCAACCAAUGCAAUUUGGAACAGUGACAAAACAGACUACACUCUUCAGGAGCCCUCUUUUGAAGGACAAUUCCUCCCACACCUGGACUCUGCUGCUGAUGGAGCCAACUACUUUGAUAGCACCUACAAAAUGCUUAAUGUCCUGGUACGGGGCCCAACCCCAGUGGAAAUCCGUACCUCCCCAUUGCUCUUCAUUGCCUUCCAGCUGCCAGCCAUGACUGCAGAACAAUUCUUUGCAGACAACUUAGUGAGGAAUCUGGCUCUGUUCUUGAAGAUCCCUGCUAACAUGAUCCGGGUCACUAAGGUGAUACGAGAAGGACAACGGCGGAGGCGGGCAAUUGGCCUGUCUGUGGAGGUGCAGAUUGCCCAUCCCCCUGUGCAGCAAGCUACCAAUGGCACAUAUGAGGAAAGUAACUUCAGCACAUUGUCAGCCAUUGCUGACAAUCUGGGCCAAUCUGCUGUGUCUGGCAAUCUGAGCCAGUCUAUUGGGUUCACUGUGUCCUCAGUUGGGAUCACACUCCCGACCCCCCCACCCUCUAACCCCAAAUGGAGUGAAGUGGUCAAUGCACCAGUGACCAGACAGGAUCCUAGUGUAAGCAUUGUGUCCACCGUGUCCACGUUGGUGGUUGUGGUGGAGCCCAUGGCAACCGAGUUUGGAGGACCCCUUGUCCAGCAGCCCAGUAUCAUGGCUGUUGAUGGUCAGGGAAGCUGUGUGUCUGUCGGAGUCACAUCUCUCACACUUACAGCAAUACUGAAAGACACCAACAAUAACAGCAUGUCAGGACUUGUUGGGAACACAACUAUACCCUUCGACAGCUGUUGGGCUAACUACACUGACCUUUAUAUAAAUGCCACUGGCACCAAUAUGAGAAUGGCCUUUAAUCUGAAUGCAGUGAAUGUUCAGUCUAGAUCUUUCACCGUGAAUGCAGCCAGUGUCUCAAUAAGCCCCACAGCUAAUGGCACCAAUACUAGCAAUACUACUUCCAGCAGUAUGACUACAGCAGUGACUGCUCUCAGCCAGCUGUCCAACAUCACCACCACAGGGAACCAAUCACUAAGCACCACAAGCUCCAGCACAGCGGUGACACCGAGCACUCUCUUCUUAUUUACACUUCCAUAUUUUUUAAACUUCUUUACUUACAAUGCAGUGUAAGAAUUCUCAUAACUGUGUGCAACUACCAUUGAUUA